AUGGCAUUCUCCAAUUUCCUUUUAACUUUGUUUUUCUCUUGUUCUGUGAUUUCUCUUAUCGAUGCCAGCAGUAAUGGCAUCACAGUCGAUCUCUUUCAUCGCGACUCUCCUUUUUCACCAUUCUAUAACCCUGAUAGCACACUAUUCGACCGUCUAAAAAAUUCGUUUCAUCGUUCUUAUUCACGUAAAGCGUCACUCAACCCUACCUCAGUUUCAACGAAAAAGAUCGAAUCCCCACUCCAGUCGAAUUAUGGAGAAUACCUCAUGAAAAUCGCCCUUGGAACGCCAUCUUUCGAAACCCUUGCCAUUGCUGACACUGGCAGUGACCUGCUUUGGACACAAUGUGCACCUUGUACAGAUUGUUACAAACAAAAUUUACCACUUUUUGAUCCCAAAAACUCAACCACUUACAGGACUUUAUCCUGUCAAUCUCAGCUAUGUACUGCUGUUGGAAGUUCAAAUUGUGGCACUAAAAACGUCUGUGAGUAUUCAGUUUCUUAUGGAGACAAUUCUUACAGUUAUGGAGAUUUAGCAGCAGACACUCUUAGUCUUCAAUCUAGUACUGGGAAAUCAGUUUCUUUUCCUAAGAUCUCGUUUGGUUGUGGCCAUGAAAAUGGUGGCACUUUCAAUGAAAGUGGCUCUGGGAUUGUAGGGCUAGGAGGUGGAGCUCUUUCAAUUGUAAAUCAAUUGGACAAAUCCAUUGGUGGGAAAUUCUCAUACUGUUUGACUCGAAUUGAUGAGCCAAACGUUCCAAGCAAGAUAAGUUUUGGCAAUAAUGCGUUGGUUUCAGGGCCAAAUGUUGUGUCCACUCCCUUGAUAAAGAAAUCUCCAGACACUUUUUACUACCUAAAUUUGGAAGGUGUUAGCGUUGGGGCCACUAAAAUUGUCUACAAACCCGUAAAAGGUUCUUAUGCCUCUGUUGAUCAAGGUAACAUCAUUAUUGAUUCCGGGACAACGUUGACUUUCCUCCCGGAGGACAUUUACGAGCAAUUGGAAUCGGCCAUCGUAAAGGCUAUCAAGGGGAAACGUGUGACGGACCCUCAAGGUUCAUUCAACUUGUGCUAUCAAGUCACUGGUGGAAACUUUGAUGCACCAACGAUAGUUGCUCAUUUUACUGGUGCUGAUGUAGAGUUGCCACCAACAAGUACAUUUCUUGAAGUAGAGCAAGGGAUGGUUUGUUUGACAUUGGUUCCUUCAUCGGAUUUGGCCAUAUAUGGGAACUUAAGUCAAAUGGAUUAUCAAGUAGGAUAUGACCUUGUGAAUAACAAGGUUAGUUUCAAGCCAACUGAUUGCUCCAAGGCAACUUAA